UGGUGCACACUCUGGCGCAUCUUCAAUUGCGCACUUCUCUUUUUAUAUAUAUUAGGUAGCGUCACUCACUGUAUUCUCCAUCUUCAUAUCAGUUCAUCAUCUUGGUUUCCUCGUCUAAGAGGAACUUAGAUUUCUGCGUGUCACUGCGAAGAUGAAGCAGAGCAUUCUUUCCUCAGUUUUUCUGGGAGUUUUGGCUUGCAGUGCUCUCUCAGUUAUUGCAGAAGAUAGAUAUUUGUACUUCACAUGGGAAAUUACAAACGGAACAAUUUAUCCUCUAGGUUUUCCACAACCGGGAAUUCUAAUCAAUGGUCAAUUUCCCGGCCCUACAAUCGAAGCCAUCACCAAUGACAACAUCGUUGUAAAUGUGAUUAACAAGCUGGAUGAAAAAUUCCUGAUUACAUGGAGUGGAAUAAAACAAAGAAGAACAUCAUGGCAAGAUGGAGUUUUGGGAACGAACUGUCCAAUUCCUCCAAACUCAAACUGGACAUACAAGUUCCAAGUAAAAGAUCAAGUGGGAACCUACACAUAUUUCCCAUCAACCAAAAUCCAUAAAGCUGCUGGUGGUUUUGGGGGCUUCAACAUUGCUCAAAGAUCUGUCAUAUCUAUACCAUAUCCUGCCCCUGAUGGAGAAUUCACCCUCCUUAUUGGAGAUUGGUACAAGACCAACCACAGAGUGUUAAGAAGACUAUUGGACGGUGGGAAGAAUCUUCCUGAUCCCGAUUCUCUUCUCAUAAAUGGCCAAAAGGAUGGUGCCGUAUUCACUGGGUUACCUGGGAAGACAUACAAGUUGAGGGUGUCCAAUGUUGGGUUAUCAACCUCGUUUAACUUCAGGAUUCAGGGGCAUGAGAUGAAGCUGAUUGAAGUUGAAGGUGCACACACAAUCAUGGAGUCCUACAACUCCCUUGAUGUUCAUGUGGGCCAAUCCGUUACUGUUUUGGUCACAUUUAAUGGCCCAAUCGCUGACUACGCCAUUAUUGCAUCUACCCGUUUUACCGGGCCCAGUCUUCUCACUACCACAGCAACUCUUCGCUAUGCUGGCUCCAACACCAAGUCCCCAAUCCCAUUGCCUCAAGGCCCACCAACUAAUGAUGUACAAUGGUCCAUGGAGCAAGCUAGAACCAUCAGACUGAAUUUGACAGCAAAUGCAGCUCGACCAAAUCCUCAGGGCUCAUUCCACUACGGAACCAUCCCUGUUGUAAGGACACUUAUAUUGGCAAAUUCCAAAGCCAUAAUCGAUGGAAAGUUACGAUAUGCAGUGAACGGAAUUUCCUACGUCAAUCCAAGUACCCCAUUGAAGCUCGCUGAUUGGUUUAACAUCCCCGGUGUCUUUGAUCUCCACACCAUCAAAGAUGUUCCUCCUCCUCCACCUGCAAAACUAGGCACAUCAGUCAUAGGAUUCACCCUCCAUGACUAUGCAGAAAUAGUCUUCCAGAACAAUGAAAACCACAUUCAGUCCUGGCACAUGGAUGGAUCUAGCUUCUAUUUUGUUGGACUUGCCAAUGGCUCGUGGACCCCUGAUGCCAGAAAGACUUACAACUUGAUUGAUGGGAUUAGUAGAUACACUGUUCAGGUGUAUCCAAAGUCGUGGAGCGCGAUAUUGGUAUCUUUGGACAAUAAGGGUAUGUGGAACUUGAGGUCUGCAAUAUGGGAAAGAAGGUAUUUGGGACAAGAUUUGUAUCUGAGGGUGUGGAACAAUGAGCAAAGUUUAUACACCGAGACUCUUGUUCCUCUCAAUGCACUGUAUUGUGGCAAGGCUAAACACCUCCCCAAGUCAUAGCCUCACAAGGGGUUUAUGUAUAAUUUCAUGUGAUUAUUGGCAUAAGUUGUAGCUUUGGAUUUUCACUUUUUUAUCUUCAUUCUUAUCAUUAUUUUGUUUACGAGUUUCAGUUACGAGGGUGUGACUGUUCAAGAAAAAUGUAAGAGAUUGAAAGCCUUCACUGAAUAUGGGGCAUAUUGGAAGAGCGCUUUUAACUAGUUAAUUUGAUGUUGUAUUAGAUUAUUAUUUCUUGUAAUCGGAAUAAAACACAUAGUAUUUCACCUCA